UACCAUUGGGCAAGCUUGGGGGAUGACGUAAUAGCCACGCGCAUUCAGGUUCAGGCUGCCGGGCCACCGCGUUUGCGCACGAGGAGCUGGUUGCCGCUGCAGCCGCCUGGAAUUGUGGGGCUUGUGUCUGCCCCUCGGCUGCGGUGGGAAGCCGAAGGUCCUGCUUAUGGUUCUUCUGCACCUGCCUUCAACUAGAAUGGCUCCUCAAGGAAUGCUGCUUGGGCUGCUGUUGACUUCCUGUUUCACUUUCUGCCUCAGUUGUCAGAACUCAAAUGCGCUUGAACUCCUCAACUCAGAGAAGAGUGUCCACAAAGAAUCAGAGACAAAGGAACCCGGAGGAGAGGAGGAGCUAGACACGGAGGUCCUGGAGGUGUUUCACCCAGCUCAAGAGUGGCAGGCUCUUCAACCAGGUCAGGCUGUCCCUGCAGGAUCCCAUGUGCGACUGAAUCUACAGACUGGAGCAAGAGAGGUGAAACUCCCACAAGAAGACAAAUUCCAAAGUAAUUGGAAGGGAUUUAAAAAAGGCAAAAGGCUGGACAUCAACACCAACACAUAUUCAUCUCAAGACCUCAAGAGUGCACUGGCCAAACUCAAGGAGGGAGCAGAGAUGGAGAGUUCAAAGGAUGAGCCGGCAAGGCAGGCCUCAGUAAAGCGGCUGUUCCGCCCCAUCGAGGAGCUGAAAAAGGAGUUUGAAGAGCUGAAUGUGGUUCUGGAGACUGACAUGCAGAUUAUGGUUCGGCUGAUCAACAAGUUCAACAGCUCCAGCUCCAGCCUAGAGGAGAAGGUCGCCGCCCUCUUUGACCUUGAGUACUAUGUCCAUCAGAUGGAUAACGCCCAGGACCUGCUGUCCUUCGGUGGCCUCCAGGUGGUGAUUAAUGGGCUCAACAGCACAGAGCCCCUGGUGAAGGAGUACGCUGCUUUUGUGCUGGGGGCCGCCUUUUCCAGCAAUCCAAGGGUCCAGGUAGAAGCCAUUGAAGGGGGAGCUCUGCAGAAGUUACUGGUCAUCCUGGCCACAGAGCAGUCUCUGCCCACCAAGAAAAAGGUCCUGUUCGCGCUGUGUUCCCUGCUGCGCCACUUCCCCUAUGCCCAGCAGCAGUUCCUGAAGCUUGGGGGGCUGCAGGUCCUCAGGAGCCUUGUGCAAGAGAAGAAUGCGAAGGUGCUGGCCGUGCGUGUGGUCACCCUGCUCUAUGACCUGGUCACCGAGAAGAUGUUUGCUGAGGAGGAGGCAGAGCUGAGCCGGGACUCAUCCCCAGAGAAGCUGCAGCAGUAUCGCCAAGUGCACCUGCUGCCAGGCUUGCGGGAACAGGGCUGGUGUGAGAUCACCGCCCACCUCCUGGCCCUCCCAGAGCAUGACGCUCGGGAAAAGGUACUGCAGACACUGGGUGCCCUCCUGGCCACCUGCCGAGACCACUACCGCCAAGACGUCCAGCUCAGUAGGACACUGGGCACUCUCCAAGCAGAGUACCAAGCGCUGGCCUCCCUCGAACUCCAAGAAGGUGAAGAUGAAGGCUACUUCCGGGAUCUGCUGGCCUCCAUCAACAGCUUGCUAAAGGAACUAAGAUGAGGCUGCCACGCUGAUGCCAGGACGGGACUGGGACGCUGUUGUAUGAGCCUGGGUGGCUCCUCAGGGGACAUCACCCAGGAGGGAGGACUUCCAUACUGGGGCGUGAGCUCUAUCUGGGCA